CGAAGCAUGGGGGAAUAAUUGAAGAACAUACGGCCGUUAGAGAAAACCAGUGAUUCUGCCACAGGGUGAAAACUGAAAGACUCAAAUCUACCAUCCCUCGCGCGCCCGGCCAGUUGAAAACAUCCUCGCGCUUGGGAGGUGAUCCAGGAUUUCAGAAGAGGAGAGGACGGGGAGACAUCACCCUCACAGCUCGGCAACCAUGCAGAUAGUCGGGGUCCCUUUUUUGCUGUUUUGGCUGAUCUGGGGCCACUCCUGCGCUCUCGGCGGAAAAGUCAACAAGCACAAGCCGUGGAUAGAGACAUCUUACCAUGGUGUGAUCACAGAGAACAUGGACACGGUGCUGUUGGACCCUCCACUGGUAGCUCUAGACAAGGAUGCCCCGGUCCCCUAUGCUGGGGAGAUUUGUGCCUUUAAGAUCUAUGGUCAGGAUGCUCCUUUCGAGGCAGUGGUGUUGAAUCGCACAUCAGGAGAAGGAGUCGUGAGGGUCAGUAGCCCUGUGGACUGUGAGAGCCAGAAGGAGUAUACCUUUAUAAUCCAGGCCUACGACUGUGGGGCCGAACCCAGUGGGGCCAACUGGAAGAAAUCCCACAAGGCGGUGGUUCACAUCCAGGUGGAUGACGUCAAUGAGUUCUGCCCCGUGUUUCGGGAGCCACUCUACAAGGCGUCGGUAACAGAAGGCAAGAUCUACGACAGCAUUUUGCAGGUGGAAGCUUGGGACCAAGACUGUUCACCACAGUACAGCCAGAUCUGCAACUAUGAAAUUGUCACUUCAGGGACGCCAUUUGCCAUAGACCGCAAUGGUAACAUCAGAAACACAGAGCGGCUGAGCUAUGACAAACAGCAGAGCUACAAGAUUAUGGUGACGGCCUUCGACUGUGGUCAGAAGAGAGCAAAGGAGGAUGUGGCUGUGCAUAUUGAUGUCAAGCCUGUCUGCAAACCUGGAUGGCAAGGUUGGAACAAGCGGGUGGACUAUGAGCCAGGGACUGGAAGCAAGCAGCUGUUUCCCAAGAUGCACUUGGAAACAUGUGGAGGUCCCCUGUCUGGCGUAAAGGCAAUGGUAGAGCUGCAGACCAAUCACAUCGGGAAGGGCUGCGACCGCGAAACCUACUCUGAGAAGUCUCUGCAAAAACUCUGCGGUGCAGCAUCAGGCAGCACCGAUCUCCUUCCUGCCCCCAGCCCUUCCACAAACUGGACGGCAUCUCUGCUAUCUGACAGUGGUCGAGACAGCGACCUCAUCUACAGAUUCGACGGGCGUCAGGCUGCUAAUGUUCCAGACCACGUGGUGCCCCAAAACCUGACAGACCAGUUCACCAUAGCAACAUGGAUGAAACACGGGCCCAGUCCAGGAGUCAGAGCUGAGAAGGAAACCUUACUGUGUAACUCUGACAAGACCGAAAUGAACCGCCACCAUUAUUCUCUGUAUGUUCACAACUGCCGCCUGGUGUUCCUGCUCAGAAGAGAUUUCACUCAGGUCGACACUUUCAGACCUGCCGAGUUCCACUGGAAACUGGAGCAGAUCUGUGACAAGGAAUGGCACUAUUAUGUGAUCAACGUGGAAUUUCCUGCAGUGACACUAUUUGUUGAUGGUGUGACCUAUGAACCGUACCUGGUGACGGAUGACUGGCCGAUUCAUACCUCAAAGAUUGAUACGCAACUCACCGUGGGCGCCUGCUGGCAAGGUGGUGAGGUCGCGACCCCUAGGUUCACCCAGUAUUUCCAUGGCAGCCUGUCAGGUCUGACAAUCCGACCAGGCCGCAUUGAAACCCAGAAGGUUAUCUCCUGUUUGCAGGCCUGCAAAGAAGGCCUUGAUAUUAACUCCCUUGAAAGCCUUGCUAAGGACAUCAAGUUCCAUUUUAACCCCGCCCAGUCUGUGCUGGUGGUGGAAGGAGAGGAUCUGGACAGCAUCAACACAGCCAUGACCAAAGUCUCCUACAUUAACUCUCGCCAGUUCCCUACGCCAGGCCUCCGCCGGCUACACAUCGCCACCACAGUACAGUGUUUUGGGGAGGACACGUGUCUCUCCAUCCCAGACAUCAAGGCAGUAGUUAUGGUCCUGCCGCCCAGUGAACCAAGAAUCACCAUCACAGGAUCUAAUCGACUCGUCAGACCUGCCACUGACCUGCGGGGCCCGCUGGGUGUGGCACCCUUCAAAGAGCUUCACAUCACCAGCACAGUAAUGAAGGGGGAUAGCUUCGGUGGAUCCCGCAGACUAGGUGUGAUGGAGGUGAUGCAUAACCUAGACUACUGUGAUGUGCUGGUAAUUGGGGAAGAACUGAAUCCUGAGGGAGAGAGUCUGGAGAUUCAUCACAGUGCUUUGUUGGGAAAACACCUGGAUGCCACCAACUCCACCUCUGGAAUAUCAAUAUAUGGUGUGGACUCCAUGGCCCACUAUGAGCAGGCACUGAGACAGGUGCGCUACAGGAACUGGCGACCUGCCACCCUGAGUGAGCGAAGGUUCAGGCUCACCUGCUCCGAACUCAACGGACGUUACACCAGCAAUGAGUUCAAUUUGGAGGUCAGUGUUCUUCACCACUCAGCACCUGUGGAACAUGUCAAUCAUAUGGCUGCCCAACCCCAGUACAUGAGACCCAUCCAUCACCCACUCAUGUUACACACUAUGAACUCACACAUGUCAGGAGCAGCACCUCCUGCAGCCACAGUAGUUAUUGUGGUUUGUAUUGCCGCGCUGGUGGUGAUUGUGGUGAUCGGCGUGUACAGGAUCCACACCACACAUCAGGAAGGAUCCAGAGAAGACGAGGAUGGGAUCAAAGACCCUGAGGAAGACUGGGACAACUCUGCACUCACCAUCACUGUUAACCCCAUGGAGAACAUAAAAGGAGCUCAGGCACUUGAUGGAGAGGUAGAAGAAGAACAUGAGGAGGAGGAGGAGGAAGAAGAAGAGGAGGAACAGGUGGGAGGAUUGACAAGUGCUGAGUCAGACAACAGUGAUGAAGAGGAGGAGGAAGAAGACGAGAGAGAAGAGGUGAAACAGAGGAAGCAGAAGGGAAAACUAGAGUGGGACAGUUCCUCCAUAACAUACUGACCACACACAUACACAUAUUAACAUUUACAGAACAUAUACAAACACUCUUUACAUGUUCAUCUCUCUCUCAACCACACACACACACACACACACAUCAUCCUUCAUGCUCACUACACAUACACAUACGCACACAGAAACAAAAUCUGAUAAAAAUUAUUUACAUUCUGUUGCUGGAAAAAAAAAAAACACUUUGAAUCUUCCAAUGUUGUCAUGUUUGAUGAAACAUCUCCCUCUGCUGGACAAAGUCAGAACUACAGAAUCAGCUGCAGACCCACAGUGCUGGAAAACAUUGUAGUGUAUGCACAUUAUUAUUCACAUCGCAGUCGAUGAAGCAAAAUAUAUGAUGAAUAUCAAACAAGCACAGUCCUCUCAUUAUAUGUGCAGAAUUAGCUGGAGUUUUGCUGAUAACAUUGAAUCCAAACUCUGCAACAAACAUGAGUCAGAUCUUAAAUAUAGUGACACCAAUUAUCUCCACUCCUUACAUUAACACAAAGAUAAUGUGGGCUUUUAUCCCAACAUUUAAUAUUUGCAAUUACGUGUGUCUUCAGAUAACUUUUGUUGUUUAUUUUUAGAUUGUCUGCAAGAUGAUAUGUUAUUAACAGAUUUAGCAGCGAGAUGUAUCCAUAUACAUAUCCAUCAGUCAAUGUAUCCAUAAAAAUUCCUUUGGCCUAUAUAGUAGGUAUAACAUAGCUGUACUGUCACUCAGUGUAUAUCCUCUGUUCUCAUCUUUAACUCAAACCAGACACUUUUCUGUCCUUGAGGUCUGUGUGAUCAGUGCUGUUUCUCUAAAUACAUCACAGUGCUGUGGUUCUGUUUCCUGGGCGCUAAAGAGAAACAAGCUCCUUAUCUCUUACCAUAAACAUUUCACAUUUGUCCUGAUUUAUAUACAAAGCAAAAUUAUGAGCUGUUUAAUAUCUUCCACCUUUGGUUUCCGAAAAGUAUUUUAAAGCCAAAAUGAUCACUACUCCAUCAGCUAAUGAGAUAAUAGAAAAGGUUGAUUGUAGUUAAAAUACUCUUUGAAAUAAAAGAGCUGAUGGCUUUUUAAAGCCUGUUUGUUUGUCACUGUGGCUUAUUGUAGCCCUUGCUGUUUAGGGUUAGAUCAGUUAUCUUUCUUUUUUCAGCAGAUGAAAUGAUAGAGAUGUUACUGUAUGCUACUGAUAUCCUGUCUUUCCUUUCUUAAUUCCAUAGUAAAGGGAGCCCUCUAUGCAAUUAUGGGCCCAGUAUAAAAGACCACUAUAUAGUCCAUAAUGUUGGGGGACUUGUGAAGAUAGAUUUGAAAAAGGGGCACAAUUGCAACUGAGAUAUCCUGACUUUAGUGCCUAGUAUGGGUCACAAAAUAACACGGCUGACCAAGCACCUGUGUCAAACGGCUCACCUCUGUUCACUCCAGCAGAAAAUGUUUUGCUUCUAGAAGAUUGACAAUACAAAAAACCUCCAGUAGCAUAAAAUCUCCACACAGUAGAGACCUUUAGCAGAGCUGAGAUGAUGCGGUUUGGUAACGUGGCAGGAUUCAGUAUUUCUGCUAACUCGUCCUCGACUCUCUUAAACUCAAAACUCUUCCCCUUCUCUUUACUUGCUCCACAACAUCGUUAGCAAAACCACAAAUUAUGAGCCAUGUAUUUGCUUUUUUCGUCACUCGGUGCCGCUGAUUAGCAGGUGUCACUGAUUGUUACCAUGGAAACAUGGCUCUUAGUUCUGGGUUAGCCUGGGGGUAGGGUGGCUAACUUUCUAGAGUAAAAUCAGUCAGACUUUAUUCUUGUGAAACUGUCUAACUUGCAUCAGAUAAAUCUGAGAGCAAAAUUAAGACCUAACACUACAGACCAGGCUAAAAUAUCUUUGUGAAACCGGCCCCAGGUCUUUUGACUUGCCUCCAGUUUGUAAUGCAAGCUUAUGUUAAAAAUGUGACUCAUGUCCAAGCAAAGAUAACCCUCCUUUUGACAAUUUGAAAAUUGGACCUGAUGUGUAAAAUUGGUGGAGUGCCCCAUUAAAGUCAGGUGAAAAGUCCCAGAGCUAAAUGCUGGAGAAAAGAAGCAGAGUGAUUGUUUAUUUUACUGGAGUUAUCAAGUCUCCACUCCUGAACAACUUCACCAGAACUACAAGCAGAAGUGGAGACUUUAUUUAUUAAUUCCAUCUUGUAGCAUAAUAAUUGCAGAAACUUGCUCAGACAAAAUGUAAUUCCACGAGUGUCUGCAUUCAAAUGAUCAAAAACUCAAAUUCCAUUGACAUUCCCAUUUCUACUCAGAGAAAUCACCUCUCACCUGUUCAUGUCCAGACGGUAUCAGUGUCUGAGACUCCCCCAGAGCUCGUUAACUGAUACUCUCCUGUUCACCUUGCCCCUCCCUCUGUUGGCCUUUAAGCACCUGUGAUCGUGAUGUCAUCAUUGUGAAACAACUGCCUUGUUUCCCUCGUCCCCCUUUGUCAUAUUGUGCUUCUGAAAGAUUAAAGAGAAGAGAUUCUUUUACAUAUAAAAAACAAACCCUGUAAAAAUGUUCAAGACAGUUAUUUUAUAUAUCUGUUUCUUUUUCUUUUUGUAAACAAAAUGGUUGGGAUUUCUCUCUCUUUAGUGGUCAUCCCACUGCUUUCUGUAUAUUGACCAAUAAAGACUUGUUUUAGACUCUA